CUCGCGGCCACCAUUCCAAGGCUCUGUCCCAACCCUCUCUUGCGGUAUAUCUCGGCUCGGGGACUAGCCUCUGAUUUCUGCUGGCAGCUACGUCCGUUUGUUCUCAUCGACCAGGGCACUCGGAAUCGGAUCGCCACGCCUUCGGUGAAGUCUCUCCAGCGGUCAUCUCAGCGCGACAAACUCGCGUCUCUCAAUGUCCAACCCAAAGAGCCAACACUAUUGGAGACAGCUGCGAGAGACCCUGACAGCAGGAAGAUGGGGCGAUGCAUCUCCCGCGAAGACACCAAGCGGUGGUCCGCUGUCAUGGCCUGAGCUCCUGCGCAAAUUCAACAAACAUUGUCCAGGACACUCGCACGCGGCAGAGCUCGCCUUGCAGACGCAGUCGUUGUCGCUCUUGCUGUCAGUGAAGGCGGUUGGUGCAGGCCUGGACGGCAACGAAGUGAGUGCUGCCAACCAGCUCGCUCUAGGCCAGGAAUGCAUGCUGCAGGAAGAAAGACUGGAGGAAGCUACGGCUGGGUACAAUGCCCUGAAGAGCCUGGAGACUGCUAACUCUGAUUCGAUCAAGUUGGCGGUGGCGUACUACGCGUAUGCUCUCAGAAGGCCCUCAGAGUGCCUUUCUGUUCUGGCGGAAGUGCAGAGUCUACUGGACGCGCACGACCGGGGACCCUCUACGAGAACGCGCAACUCCUCCCUCACCCUUCGGAUACCUAAUGGUGGGAAUGACGGGUCUGUUUCCUCAGCGUGGACGGGAAGCAACAUCUCAGCUGUCUCGCUCGCGUCCAUUGCGGAGAUCAGCGACGGUAGCACCUGGGCUGCCGCUGAGCGAAUACGCAGCAUCUGCUUACAAGGCAUGUCGCACGAAUGCAUCACGCCGGAUGACCCGCAACAGGCCCUCGACACCUAUUUGACUGCACUUUCCCUCGUCUCUGGUGCGAUCGCCGACAUCCCCCCUUACAUGUCUGCCCAGCCCUCGUCGAACGGGUAUGCGGGGACGACCUCUGAGGACACGACUUCGUUCGGGCGGUAUCGUGAGCUCUGGCGGUGGGUCGAGCGGUUGCUCCGCCGUGCGAUCAUUCUCGCGUCGCGGUUGAGUGACGUGCACAAGCAGGGCGGCGAUGCGUCAAUCUGGACUCUCCUGGACAGGUACCACUCAUGCAGUGCGCACUGGCCACCCACGUUCCGUCCUGCGCAGCGCUCGACCAUCGCUGUCCUGCACCUCCGCGCGUUUGUCCUCCGUGCGCAUGCGUCGCCCGCAGAAGCGGUCAUCCCCACGUCCCGAGACGGCGCGGAGAAGCCGCACAGGUGGAUCAGCGCUGCGCGCUCGGUGGUUCAGGAGUACCGUGCGAUCCUGACUGCCAGCACGCAGUUCCCUAAGGCUGGCGAACGGAACGUCCAGGUCGAGGACCUAGUCGACCUCAGCGUCGCAGUGUGGGAGGCUGAUGGAGCAGUGGGCGAGUACGCUGGCUGGGUAAUCGAUGUGUUAUGGUGGGCGACCCGACUUACGUUCAACUCAUACAAGGUGUACCGGCACAUGUCGCGCCUACUGUACGUAUCCGGCGAUGCGGAGCUCGCGAAACGCACCCUCCGCUUGUACGUGCAGGUUGUCGGCAAGGCGCGCGAGACGCAAGGCGAAGCGGGUACAGUCCGCGGAGACGUCGACUCCGAUACGGACCGGAACUGGGUGCAGGCCUGUGUGCAAGGUGCGAGGAUGCUGUGCCGGCUGGCUUUAGCAGAGACAGACGGGCGGGCGGCACGGAGGGAGGCGAAGGAGGCGGGAACCCUGAUUGACAGGGCAAAGGAGCGUCUGGAUGCGAACGACAAGGAGCUCAUGGGGAGUGUCCAGCUUGCGGAAGGCAUUUGGCUGUCCGUCAUGGCGCAAACAGAACAGGAUCCUCGAACGCGACAGACGCGCCUCUCGGAUUCUCUGGCUCUGCUCGAAGCCGCAGCAGACACAGGUCCGACGCCUUCUGUUCACCAUCACCUUGCCCUGGCCUACUCCCAACCAGGGCCGACGCUCGACUUGCAGAAAGCCAUUUCGAGCGCGCGACUGGCCGUGGAAGGCGAGUCUAGCGAGAUUAGGCACUGGCACCUACUCGGACUGCUGUUGACUGCCACUGGUGAUUGGAGGGCCGCGCAAGGUGUCCUCGAGAUAGGUGCCGGUGUUGGUGAGGUUGACUUAGCUGAGGAUAGCUCUGGGACCGAGGACCGCACACAAGUCAAUUCGGUGAAUGGCGUGGUCGCGCACGAUUACGCCGCGCAGGCUCCGAAAGUGAACGGAAACGGUAAUGCAGAUCCGAGCAUGAAUGGCGACACCCACGGGGACGCGGAUGCAACUUCACGGCCACGGCUGACCUUACUGGAUCGUGACGCUCAAAGCAUACCUUCGUCAAGUACGCUGCUGCGUCCUUUCGGGGACAGACCCCCGGUAUCUAGGCACGAAGCCUUCGAACAUGCGUUACAACUGCGGAUGUCUCAGCUAGCACUUGCUGAGUACGUCGAAGGGCCGGAGGGUGCAGGUGAUCGAUGGGUAGAGGUGUUUCAUUGGUUCUCGGAAAGAAGGGACCUCGGAGUCGAUGACAGGCGGUUGUCGAUCGACAGCAGAGCUGAUGUCGAAAGUCGUUCUGCGGUGCCCUCCACUGAGAAGACUGCGGUAGCGCCCUCAAACGCUGGUCGCAGGUCUAUGCAUCUUCGAGCUUCCGUCGACUCGGAGAGGAUCCCCAUGCCAGACCCACCCAUACCCAUCACUGUCACCCCUGCCUCACCAGGCAUUCCCCCGUCAUCGACUGACGACCAUAGUACCAACGAGGACUUCAUCUACGAGAAGCGCUCGUCUUCGUUUGACGAUCCUAACCGCGACAUGUCAAGAGGCAAGAAGGUACGUGAGGCCGUCAAGCGGAACGUACACAAAGGGCAAGCGGGUAUCACAAAGAACCUGAAGAAGAUUGGGCACAAUGUUGGCAAACAUGGUGGUGCGCAUCCGAAACGAUCCAACUCCGCGCCUGAUCUCCACGCUAUGUUGGGCCAUUCUCCGUACCAAGCGUCCUCUAUACACCUCCGACAACACUAUAGCAUACAUGCAUCGCAACAAGAUCUGUCAAUAGCGGACUUGCCACCUCCGCCACCUCUACCUCCUCUUCCUCCAUCUCAGUCUCCCGUCUCAACGCUCAGGAAUCAGGGUGCUCGUGCUGCCCGAGACCGGCGAUUGUUGAGCAACCUCUGGUUGAUGUCCGCAGCAACCUUCCGCAGACUCGGUAAGAUUGAGCAAGCGAAAGCGGCGAUACAGGAAGCCGAAGUCAGGGAUGAAAGUAAUCCUGCUGUUUGGGUACAGCUUGGCUUGUACUUCAUGGCCCUCAACAACCGACAUCGCGCGAUGAAUGCCUUCCAGAAAGCGCUAUUCAUCGCACCCGACGACAUAUCCGCCACGAUACACCUCUGUCGAUUAUACCUCACGCCAUCAUCUGCAAGCUCAACGUCGUCGCCAAAAGCUAGGCCAGAGCAACCGAGUCGGGACAAUGUGGAUCUCGCUGCUUGGUACUUCCUCGCGAAGCAAUACGGGAUGCAGGGUAGGAAAGACAGAGAGCGCGAGUGUCUUUGUUAUGCCUUGACGCUCUCAGAAUCGCGGGGCCUAAGGGGCCUUGGCGUUGCGAUUGGUUGGUGCCUAUGACGAUUAUUCUCUACCAUACAACUACGCAGUCAAGUAUACUAGAUCUUCGUGCUACAUCUAAUUGGUAGAUAUCAAGCUCAGAGAUAAUGUCGGGAGUUGAGAUCGACUACUAGCUGGUGCGCCCUCUGGCUCGGAGUGCUCUUGAGACUCAAACACGAAUUGAAGAACACCUAGCUGAGAUGUGACGUUUGGUGAUCGUUUCCACAAUGAUGAUGCAUAUUAAGU